AUGAACAUGAUUUUGUCAAACCUCAGUACUUUAAAGAAAUCUUCUGAAAUUGCUGAAACCAAUGACAUUCCACUAAAAUGCCGCAACUUUUCUAAUGAUUUAGAAAAAAUUCAAAACAAUAUUGAGAAUUCAAAGAAAAAUAAAGGGAGGGGGAUCCCUGAGGCCAAGUCAAAUUUCAGAAUUCUUGUGGCUGGGGGGGCUCCUGGAAUAGGUAUCAGUGUUAAGAAAAACUCGUUAUGGGAAAAAGAAAAAAUAUUAAUCAUUCGACAAUCAAUUUCAUUUCAAUAUAUUUUCCUUGACUUCAGCAAUAGUGUUCAAUUGGAUGGAAGUGAUAGCAAACUAUCAAUAGAAAUACUUGUUGGUCUGCGGAUUGCAUAUGCUUUCUUCACCCAAAGCAAUUAUAGUGUGACAUUUCCAACAUUUUGCCAGACUGUUCUAACACUCAACAAGGAAAAAUAUUUUUAUACUGAUAAUGUGGUCCUUGGAAUUCGUGAGCAUCUAGACCUUACAGGCAAUCAGCUUCUCUUUUUAUUUUUACACAUUGAUGAAUUCCAGACCAUCUUUGACUUUAAGGGCUGGAAAACUGAUAUGAUGAAAGAUAUUAAUGGUAACCCCAAGGGUAUAUUCAGGGGCAUAUUAUACAAUGUUGGAAGAUUUAUGAUUGGUAAUUCCAACUUAAGCUUCAUUCAGCCUUUCCUCUCAGGAACUGCACCACAAAGUGUAAUUCGGCAAAAGGAACCUACAAUGUACACUUUUGAAUUUGUCAACUGUUCUCUGCUGAAUAUGCAAUCACGAAUUGACAUAGUGAACCAUUUUGCAAAUAGCAAAGGCUUUCCUUCAGAUGUAUGGAGCAUGCAAGAACAGAUGUAUUUUUUGUUAUGUGAUACAGGUGGACUCCCACGAGCAAUUGAGUGUUUAUUGAAAUGCUGCUUUGGAAAGAGAUAUGAAAGGACAGAAAAAUUUUUUCAAGAUAUCAAUUUGUUGGAUUAUAAUGCAAUCCACAGUAAUGUGGCAAGAGACAUUGACAAUAUGUAUGCAAUCACAACAUGGGCUAUUGAUCACAAUGAACUUGCUGAAGCCAUCAUUUAUCGAUGUCUUGCAGCAAUGCCAUCAAUGAAGUCAGACCUUCUCUCAGUCAAAUAUUCUGAUACUCUGGAGUCUUUAGAGUGUGAUCAACAUUUGAUUCUGACAGAUUAUGCUGAAAAUGACAAUCGUGUCUUGAUUACAUUACCCCCUAUUUUUAUUCAUCUUUACAUCCAAGCUCUCAAAUCAUUUGUAGUAGUAGGCAAGUUGAGUGUGUCAUUGCCUUAA